CGUUGAAUUGCGAGUGAAAAGUGUUUUGAAUAAAAACUUUUAAUUGUGUUUCGCUUUAACUGUCAUUUGGUUUCCGAUCGCAAGUCAUGUCUUCGGAAGAGGUUCUUGUGCUGCGAAUGAAUAACGAAAAACUCUUGAAAACAAACCGACAGUUGACUGAAAUGUUGAGACUUAUGGACAAGUUUCGGGUUUUGUUGAUAUCAAUGGUCAACAACUGUAAGUGUAAUACAGAGACAAACAUCAGAAUCAGAUUCAAUCUUCUGAUGGAAGAGUAUUAUCACUUGAAUGACACCAAUCCUCUCAAGAGUCACGAUCUUAAGAGCAGUCCAUUGAGUGCACCGGAAGACCACAGUUGUCAUCAAAUUGACGUCAAUUCCGUUGUCUCUAAUCUCUUGACACAAACCGAAGACAAUAGCCUUUGUCUCGACGCUAAUGACAACCCAUUGAUAACGGAAGUGAUAGCACACGACACGAGCGGACAAAAGCAAAGUAUCUUCGAUUCGAUGACCAAAUCAGAGGACGGGAAGGACUUGGAUCUGCGCGAGAGAAUCGCUCGUCUGAAGCGAUACGUCGCGCGACCGAAGAUCUACUCGCGAACGAAGAGGUCGGAGGAGGAGAAGACUGACCACUCGUUUGCGUGCAUUUGGCCCGGAUGUCAGAAACAGUUCAAAGCCAAAGUGGAUAUGAAGACGCAUUUGUGGCGCCACACGGGAGACAAGCAGUACGUCUGCGAAUGGCCCGGUUGUGGCAAACGGUUCCCAAUCAAACGCAAUCUGACGCGACAUCGCGAGACGCACGAAGGCGUCAAAGGGUUUGCCUGCGAUUGGCCGGGCUGCGAAUACAAGUCGUGGUAUCCGCAGGGCGUGAGAGCGCACCGGAAGCGCCACACCGACGAAAGGCCCUAUAAAUGCGAUCACUGCGAGUGGACGUUCCGUCAGAGCCAUCACCUGAAGGCGCAUCUGCUUAAACACACCGGUGAGAAGCCUUUUGAAUGCGUUCACGCGGGAUGUGAGCAACGCUUCCAAUCACGACAGGCCAUGAAGUUUCACUGCCAGCGGACGCACCGACAAAAGGCCGCUCUUUGACCGCAAAACGCG